CCGGCGCCUGCGCGAUGGGAGCCCGCCGCUCCGGGAGGAAGUCGGAAGGCAGGAAGCCCCGCCCCUUUCCCGGCUUUAGCGUCCCUUCUGUUCUACACCACCGGCUCUCCGCGAGUCCGCCGCGCGCUCUCCUCCAUCCCUCGGAGCUCUCCGCGGCGCGUCCCGCUGCGCUUGCGCGACCCCGCCCCGUCCCACGCGCGGGCUCGCGUUCGGGUUCCCGCCCGGCCUCCGGCCCGCGGCACCCAGCCCUCGCCUUCCCGGUCCCGCAGGCAGCCCGCGGCGCAAGCACCAUGCUCUUCUAUUCCUUUUUCAAGUCCCUUGUGGGCAAGGACGUGGUCGUGGAACUCAAGAAUGACCUGAGCAUCUGUGGAACCCUCCAUUCUGUGGAUCAGUAUCUCAACAUCAAACUGACUGACAUCAGUGUCACUGACCCUGAGAAAUACCCUCACAUGUUAUCAGUGAAGAACUGCUUCAUCAGGGGCUCAGUGGUUCGCUAUGUGCAGUUACCAGCAGAUGAGGUGGACACACAGUUGCUACAGGAUGCAGCAAGGAAGGAGGCCCUGCAGCAGAAACAGUGAUGGUUCCUUCUCCCUCCCUCUUCUUCCAUUGAUGACCCUUAACCUCACGUCCCAGCUCAGGAUACCUCCCUCGCCUUACUUGAGGUGUUGGUUUUGUUUUUGUUUUUCAUAGUGAAGGCUUUUUUUUUUUAAAGGAUAAGUGGAUGAGAGGAAUAAUAGUGGGGAGCUGCUGUCCUCUGUUAAGAAGGGGAGGAAGAGUAGGCUGGGGAACUUCGAAGCUUUUCCGGUCCCCAUCUCUUGCCUUUCUCGCUUCUCCCCUGGUGAUGGUGGGAGAAUCUCCCAGAUCUCUCCAGGGUAGCACGUGAUUCAUUUUGGGGAUGGAAGGAAUCUGUCCCGCAUCGGGAAUAAAAUUUAUGAUGCAAAA